AAGUUUUCCCCUAAGAUCAUGGAGUAUUUCACGACAAACCACACUUUAAAUUGCUAACAUAUUCCCAUAAUCAUCAUCAAAAGCUCUAUUUACAGCAACCAUCAACCUAAAUUCACAUUCAUUAUUGACCAUGGCCAACACAAUCCUAAAGCUCACAACAUUUCUCCUUCUGCUGAUUUUUGCAACCCUGCACGAUUCUCAGUUUGGUUCUGCAAGCGGUGUAGAUGAUAAAAAUGAUCACGAGAGAAACGAAGAGGAGGAAGAAGACUAUGUUCUUGACAGCCCAAUAAGCCAUCUGGGACCAAGAAGCAGAUUCUUGGCGACCGUAAUAAAGAAAGGAAGACAGUGUAAUGUUGAGACUAAUAACAUCUGCAAUGGGGUUCGAGCAAACAAGGGGAGGGACCUACUUUACUGCUGCAAGAAACAUUGUCGCAAUGUUCUUAGUGACAAGAACAACUGCAAGGUGUGUGGCAACAAGUGCAAGCAGGGAGAAAGAUGCUGCGAUGGAGUUUGUACCAAUGUUUUGUCCAAUGCCAGUCACUGUGGCAAGUGCAAGAAGAAGUGUUCGUCUGGUGAUUCAUGUGGGAGUGGAGUUUGUGGGUAUGCUUGAAACCAAGUUAUUCACAAAGGUUAGCCGUUAUUGGUUAAAACCAUGAAGAACUCACCAAAAUUUGUGACUUUUAAUUACUUUCAAUCAAUGGGAGUGUCUUUCUAGCAUUUGAAAUCCCAUUGUGGUUUUGUUUUUUUUUAAUCACAUUUUUAGAUAAAACAUUGCAUUGAAUGUUCUAAUAUUGUUUCAAAUUACAUGUACACAUUUUAAUUUUGCUUUUAUUUGUUUAG